CCCUGACAUUCGGGAUCAGCGACAGUACUGAAAUAGCCCAAAUUAUUAUCAGAAUCACUACAGCACUCAUGAAGGCACUGAUGCCGCCAUAUUUGUUUCAAGCGAUACUGUGUCUCACCAUCAAAAUCUACCCGCGGGUGUCUGUAUCCUGAAAAAUGUUUUGCUGGUCCGAAUCAAUCCUCAACGCCUACCAAGCAUAGUACCUAAUUCCCGUCGAAAAACACAGUACGCGACCAGCCUCCAGGUGACUGGUCAACCAUUUCAAAUGGCGACCUCUUGGAACAUAACUCUGAAUGAUACCAGCCCAAUGUUCACGUAUUACCCUUACUCUGAUGGUUUCGGUUUGACAAAUGGCUGGCAAAUCUGGUACUCAGAGACUGGAUAUAACACGGUCUUUGCGAAUCCAGGAGUUGGCAUAUCAGCACACAUCACCUCGCUGCCAGGCGCUAAUGUGACUUUUUCAUUUUAUGGCACAGGGAUAGAUCUCCAUGGAACGGCGAAUUGCACAUUUGACGUCACAGUGGACGGAAUUUUCUCCUCAUCCCUCAGUACUACCAGCGAUCUCCUGUAUUCUAAGCAAGCACUAUCGGAAGGAACCCAUUCACUCACCCUAACUGCCCACCCAACUUCGGGGGAGCACCUUGCAUUUGAGAAUGCCGUGAUUUAUGUCAAUCAACCAAUCCCCCAAAUGGUAUCAUACAGUAAUACGAACACCACGUUCCUCAACUAUAGUGGGAACUGGUCCACUGCAACAGAUAUACAUGUCCCUGGAAACAUCUUUCAUACUACGGAAACCAGUGGUUCAAGCGUGUCUGCCUCAUUUGGAGGGUCAUCGGCGGUACUCGUUCAAGGUAUUGUAAACUGGGGUAAUUGGCAAUACACAGUGUCUCUAAAUGGUACCCAGUCCUUGCUCAAUGCAAGCAGCUUCUGGUUCAUUCCGGACACUACGUUGUUCUAUCAAGGGGGCCUGGAUCCAGAACAAACUUAUGUUCUGAAUAUUGCCGACAUAAGUGAAAACGGCAACAAGUUUGAAAUAAACUCCGUGAAGCUUUACCAGCCCCUGCAGCCGACUACACUGCCAUCAUCAUCGAAGCCCUCAAAAAUAGGUGAAAUAGUUGGCGCCAUCGUAGGAGUUGUUGUCUUGCUUGCCUUAGCCGUCGGGUUCCUCUUCUGGCGACGUUCACGGCGCCCUAAAACAGUAACUUCAGGACAAAAUUUCGCCGCACUGGAAAACGAACUCACUCCCGAGGCUCAUGUUACGCAUCUCCCCGCAUUGCCCACGCCAUACACUAUUUCUGGCGCCACCGCUAGUGCCCGUCCGGAUAAAUUCCCAUUGACAACUAUCGGCGGAAGCAUUGAUGAUUCGCUGCUCUACCACGAAAGAGCAAUUGCACGUGGUCCUGGGUCCGCCACAAGCUCUCUAGGUCCAUACAGCGAACCCAAGAAUAAUACGAGUGGUUCUCUGUCUUCUCCUAGUGCGCGUGGUCGGCGGCGCCCUUUGCCACCUCCACCUGGUAGCAUUUCAUCUACUGCACUAUCUCUACAGGAGAUACAGAGUUCUCCGAGGCCAUCAGGGCUGGAGCCACCUUUACAGAUACCAGACUCAGAAGUGGAUAGAAUACUGGGAAUUAUAGCUUCGCGUAUUGACGUACCCGACAGAAACUCUUUGUCUUCUUCUCCUCCACCCCAGUACCGAACCUGACUCAGUUAGUCUUAUUGUUCACAUAUGCAGGGACAUGGAUACGUCCAAGUACUUU